GCCGUCCCCUCGCGUUAGCCGGUUUGAAUGUGGCCUCCCUGGAUAUAAAAAGAGAGCGGUCAUGUGUCGUUCCCUCCCUCUCUGACUCUGUUCGUCGGCUAGGCUGCACUAAACCUACCCAAAACAACACACCAGAAAACAACCAUGUCUGACAAACUUAACUACAAAGUUGCUGACAUCAGCCUGGCCGACUGGGGGCGUAAGGCUAUCGACAUCGCAGAGAACGAGAUGCCGGGUCUGAUGAAGAUGAAGGAGAUGUACGGUCAGUCCAAGCCGCUGAAGGGCGCCCGCAUCGCUGGCUGCCUCCACAUGACCCUGCAGACUGCCGUGCUCAUCGAGACCCUCACCGCCAUCGGAGCUGAGGUUCAGUGGUCCAGCUGUAACAUCUUCUCCACUCAGGAUCACGCCGCUGCUGCCAUCGCCAAGACCGGUGUUCCAGUGUACGCGUGGAAAGGAGAGACUGAUGAGGAGUACGUGUGGUGCAUCGAGCAGACGCUGUUCUUCAAGGACGGUCAGCCCCUCAACAUGAUCCUGGACGACGGAGGAGACCUCACCAACAUGGUCCACACCAAAUACCCCAAACUGCUCGCAGGUAUCCGUGGUGUCUCAGAGGAGACCACUACAGGUGUACACAACCUGUACAAGAUGAUGAAGAAGGGCGAGCUGAAAAUGCCUGCAAUCAACGUCAACGACUCCGUCACAAAGAGUAAGUUUGACAACCUGUACGGCUGCAGGGAGAGUCUCAUCGACGGCAUCAAGAGAGCCACGGAUGUGAUGAUUGCCGGUAAGGUGGCGGUAGUGGCUGGGUACGGGGACGUGGGUAAGGGCUGCGUCCAGGCUCUGCGCGGUUUCGGAGCCCGCGUCAUCGUCACAGAGAUCGACCCCAUCAACGCCCUGCAGGCCGCCAUGGAAGGUUAUGAGGUGACCACCAUGGAUGAAGCUUCAAAGGAAGGGAACAUCUUCGUCACCACCACCGGCUGCGAGGACAUCAUCGUGGGACAUCACUUUGAGAGCAUGAAGGACGACGCCAUUGUGUGCAACAUCGGACACUUUGACUGUGAGAUCGACAUAAGCUGGCUCAACAAGAACGCUGCAGAGAAGAUCAACAUCAAGCCUCAGGUGGAUCGCUACCGGAUGAAGAGCGGCCGUCACAUCAUCCUCCUGGCCGAGGGCCGCCUGGUGAACCUGGGCUGCGCCAUGGGACACCCGUCCUUCGUCAUGAGCAACUCCUUCACCAACCAGGUUCUGGCUCAGAUCGAGCUGUGGAAGAACACUGACAAAUACCCCAUCGGAGUCCACUUCCUGCCCAAGAAGCUGGACGAGCAGGUGGCCGCCGCCCACCUGGACAAACUGGGGGUGAAGCUGACCAAGCUGUCAGACAAACAGGCCAAGUACCUGGGUCUGCCCACCGAGGGGCCCUUCAAACCGGACCACUACCGCUACUGAGCGCCCACCCCUGGGGGGGAGAGGAAGUGUGGAUAGAUUGGUGUUUACAUUUUGGACCCCAUGUGUCAGAUUUUCAGGGACAGAGACGAUUGUGUUUCUUCCCCUUUUAAUAUCGGGCGAAGGGGGGGCCUCUAAAGCAAAGUCCAGCCCUGUUCUUCAGCUGACACCAUCUUAGUUUUAAUGCUCAAACGCCAAUACCUUCAGACCACCUCCGCCUCCUCUUCCUCCUCAUCAUCACUCUUCUGAAACAUUUCUACAGUGGCUGUUAGACUUACUCUGUCAUUCCCUGUCCCUUUAUGGAAUAAAGCCCACCCUGAUGCGUCUCUAUCUGAGCCCCUCUGUCUCGAGGUGGAAGGUGAUUACAAACUAAACGGUUAAGUGUACAGCGGCCUUAUUCCAAUGGAUUUGCUUUAGCGCUGCCCUGUGUAGCUCUUACCACAGGAUGAGAUGCUGUUUCUGGAUGUGUUUACUGAGAGGUCCGGUGCAAAGAGAAGCACUGCUGCCAAAAUCACCACCAAAGCACGUCAUGUCAUGUUCUGCUCGAUUUCUAGAAAAAGUCUUAAUUUUUUUUGUCGCCUAAUUUCUUUUGAAUGUAAUUAUAUUUGACGCAGAGGGCUUAAACAUGAGCAGUGCCCCCACCUCCACUUCUGUCAUGUCUCGGUGUCAGCGUGACGUUCAGGCGCUGGCUCAUUUCUCAGCGGUUACAGCCUGAGUUCAACUGCCUGUAUACGAUGGAAUUGAAAGUGACGAAUGAGAAAAAUAAAACAUGUUAAAUCUGAA